AUGGAAAAACAAACUUUAGAACAAAUUUCAAAUAACCGAUUGAGACUGAAAACUUCAGUUAAUGCGGUUCGGUGGCUUACAUUUCAAGCUUAUGCUUUUAGAGGGCAUGAUGAAUGCCCCGAAUCAAGAAAUAGGGGCAAUUUCAUUGAAAUGGUAAAGAUUUUGGCAACAUAUAAUGAUGACGUUGCUAAACUUGUUCUAGAAAAUGCUCCAAAAAAUGCCAAGUAUACCUCACCACAAAUUCAAAAGGAAAUUUUACAUGUUCUUGCUGGAAAAGUGAGAAGUAAGAUUCGUGAAGAUAUUGGAGAUGCCAAGUUUUGUAUUCUUGUUGAUGAAGCACGUGAUGAAUCUAAGAGAGAACAAAUGGCUCUUGUUCUAAGAUUUGUUGACAGAGAUGAUUUUUUACAAAAGCGUUUCUUUGAUAUUGUGCAAGUUAAAGAUACAACUUCAUUGACUUUGAAAAAUGCACUUUCUACAGUUCUCUCUCAUUAUAAUCUUAGUGUUCAGGAUCUUCGAGGGCAAGGUUAUAAUGGUACUAGCAAUAUGCGCGGAGCAUGGAAUGGCUUGCAAGCAUUAUUUCUUAAUGAUUGCCCUUAUGCAUAUUAUGUGCAUUGUUUGGCUCACCGACUACAACUAGCAUUAGUUGCAUCAUCCAGAGAAGUUAUCCCUGUCCAUCAAUUCUUUUCAAAGUUGAACUUCAUUAUCAAUAUCAUUGGAGCUUCUUGCAAACGAAAUGAUGAAUUACAAUUUACUCAAGCUGCUGAAAUUGCCCAUUUGAUAGCUCUUGAUGAAAUUGAGACUAGUAGAGGAGCUAAUCAGAUUGGUUCCUUGCAACGACCUGGGGAUACUCGUUGGAGCUCUCAUUUUGAUUCCGUUUGUAGCUUAAUCAGGUUGUUUGGUCUUACAUGUUCAGUUCUUCGAAGCACUAUUAAAGAUGAAUCCACUUGCUUCCAACGGGGGGAUGCCGAUUCUGCUUUUGAUAUUAUUACAUCAUUUGAGUUUAUGUUUAUUUUGCAUUUGGUGAAAGAUAUUAUGGGAGCAAGUAAUAUCCUUUGUGAAGCUUUGCAACAAAAAUCUCAAGACAUCCUAAAUGCUAUGCAUUUGGUUUUGACUACUAAAAACAUCAUUCUAAAAUUAAGAGAAGAUGAAUGGAACAACCUACUUGGGGUUGUUAAAUCAUUUUGUGAGCGUCAUAACAUAGAUGUGCCUGAUAUGAGUGCUCCUUAUACAAAAGGUAAAGGUCGACCACGUCACCCACAAGAAAAUAUUUUACUUGAGCACCACUAUCGGAUUGAUAUAUUCAAUGGCACAAUUGAUUCACAAUUGCAGGAGUUGAAUAACAGAUUUAGCGAAAAGGUAGUGGAACUAAUUGUCCUAAGUUCUGCUUUGGAUCCUAGAGAUGGUUACAAGCUAUUUAAAAUUGAUGACAUUUGCAAGCUUGCAAAUAAUUGUUAUCCUUAA